UAUCCUCGCGCUCGUGGUCCUGCGUGGUUCACGCGCGUUCCCUCGGCUGGCCUGGGGAGUUCCGCGCUCGUUUACCCAUCGAUAGCCAGAACCGUCCCGGUCCCGUCGGCAAGAUGGUGAAACCCAAGUUCAAAGGAAGGAGCACCAUCAACCCCUCCAAGGCCAGCACAAACCCGGAUCGAGUACAGGGAGCAGGAGGCCAAAACAUGAGGGACCGUGCCACCAUCCGCCGCCUGAAUAUGUAUAGACAAAAGGAGCGCAGGAACAGUCGUGGUAAAGUGAUUAAGCCUCUGCAGUAUCAGUCAACAGUAGCUUCUGGCACAGUGGCACGAGUAGAGCCAAAUAUUAAAUGGUUUGGAAACACACGUGUGAUUAAGCAAGCAUCAUUACAAAAAUUUCAAGAGGAAAUGGAUACAGUUAUGAAGGAUCCRUACAAAGUUGUCAUGAAGCAAAGCAAGUUACCAAUGUCUCUUCUCCAUGACCGAAUCCAGCCUCAUAACUCAAAGGUGCACAUUCUUGAUACUGAAAGUUUUGAAACUACAUUUGGCCCUAAGUCUCAGAGGAAGCGGCCAAACCUAUUUGCAAGCGAUAUGCAGUCUCUCGUAGAAAAUGCUGAAAUGUCCACUGACAGCUAUGACAAGGGCAAGGAUCGUGAUUUGGUAACUGAGGAUACUGGUGUGAGAAAUGAAGCCCAAGAAGAGAUCUACAAAAAGGGACAGUCCAAAAGAAUAUGGGGUGAGCUCUACAAGGUGAUAGAUUCAUCAGAUGUUGUUGUUCAAGUUCUUGAUGCUAGAGAUCCAAUGGGUACCCGUUCCCCUCACAUUGAGGCUUACUUAAAAAAGGAAAAACCCUGGAAACAUCUCAUUUUUGUGCUUAACAAAUGUGACCUUGUUCCAACCUGGGCCACAAAAAGAUGGGUUGCUGUCCUCUCUCAGGACUAUCCUACCCUUGCCUUCCAUGCAAGUCUCACCAACCCCUUUGGCAAAGGAGCUUUCAUUCAGCUUCUUCGGCAGUUUGGAAAGUUGCACACUGAUAAGAAACAGAUCAGCGUGGGGUUCAUCGGCUACCCAAAUGUUGGCAAGAGCUCUGUGAUAAACACACUGCGCUCCAAGAAAGUUUGUAACGUGGCCCCCAUUGCAGGUGAAACCAAGGUCUGGCAGUACAUCACCUUGAUGCGGCGCAUAUUCCUGAUUGACUGUCCAGGUGUGGUUUACCCCUCUGAGGACUCGGAAACAGACAUUGUGCUGAAAGGAGUUGUUCAAGUUGAAAAAAUUAAGACUCCUGAAGACCACAUUGGUGCUGUCCUUGAGCGGGCAAAGCCAGAAUAUAUCAGCAAGACGUACAAGAUUGAUUCCUGGGAGAACGCUGAGGACUUUCUUGGGAAGCUCGCUUUUCGCACUGGGAAGUUACUAAAGGGUGGAGAGCCYGACUUGCGGACUGUGGGUAAGAUGGUUCUCAAUGACUGGCAGAGGGGCCGGAUUCCUUUCUUCGUCAAGCCACCCAAUGCAGAGCCACCAGCUGAUCCCCAGCUUCCACCACCCUCAUCUUUGGAAAUUGCCACAGAAACAACCCAGAACAACCCAGAAGAGGAAACCACAGAAACUGUAGGUAAAGGGUCAGAAUCCGUCAUUGAGGGAAAAAAAGAAGAGGACAGUUCCUGCAAUGCCAGCUCAGAGAUGCAACAGAUCCUCACAAGGGUUCGCCAGAACUUUGGCAAAAUCAAUGUAGUGCCCCAGUUUUCUGGGGAUGACCUGGUUCCUGUGGAGGUGUCAGAUAUUGAAGAAGAUCUGGARAGCUUGUCUGCUGAGGAGGUGGAAGAAGAGGAGCAGCCAGGGGAGGAAGAUGAGGCCGAGUCUUACCAGGAGUCCCUGGAAGAGCCAGGGCAAAGUGACACCAAAGCAGUCAUUAAAGCCCUGGAUGAGAAGAUCGCAAAAUACCAGAAGUUUUUAAACAAAGCCAAAGCUAAAAAGUUUUCAGCCGUCAGAAUAUCCAAGGGGUUAAGUGAAAUGGUUUUCGCCAAACCUGAAGAACAGAGAAAAUCAUCUAAAGAAGAAAAUGAUAUAGAUCCAGCACCUACUAAAAAGGGAAGGAAGCGGAAGGCUCAGAGGGAAGAAGAACGUUCAAGUAAAACUCCAAGGACACUUACAUCUAAGGAACGAAGGCGAGCAGCACGGCAGCAGCAAUCCAGAAAAGUUGGUGUGCGCUACUAUGAAACACACAACGUGAAAAAUAGGAACAGGAACAAAAAGAAGACCAAUGACUCUGAGGGACAAAAACACAGACACAAAAGAUUCAGACAUAAGCAGUAACAUGUAAAAAAUUGUUUAUUAAAUUAUAUUAUACAAAAAUAUACAAUUAGAAAUUGUAGUCAUUUUCUUCAUGCCCACUUGGCA